UCAUUUCUCUGUUGCCGUGUGUCAGCUGACACAGCAGCCAUAUUUAAAAAUUUCAGUAAUUAAAAAAACAACAAAAUGCCUACGUGUCCAGAUACCUGUCCUGUUGUGCGAGCUCAAAUAUUAAUGGAACAAGAAGCUUUGAGAUCUGCGGCUAAAGAAAAAAACAAAGAUACAGUACCGAAACGAACCCAGCCUAUAAAAAAAGAGUCUAGAUUAGAAGAUUCAAGUACAAGAGCAAAUAGUGAAACGCUUAAAUCAAAGUCAAGUCCACAAACACAACAAAUGAACAACAAUAUUACUCAGCAAAAUGUAUCAACUCCUGGUAGAAGUCCUGAUAAGAAAUAUCAAAAUCGUCAUGUUCAGCAAGACAUGCAGUCCGACGUGGAGAACAUAUCUCCAAGAUCAUCUGGCACAGCAUCCCGAAAAAAACGACGUGAAGAUGAACUGGAUGAUUCUUCUUACGUUGAUGCUCAAGAAAAAUCUGGAGCCGCGUCUGGAAAAGUAUCUCGAGCUAUAUUCCGCGAAGAUAAACAGGAUGAAUCUAGUAACAAAAAUAUUCAAGGAAGAUCUCAAGGUGCAAGUAGCAUAGCAUCUCGUGCAAAACAGCGCGAAGACAUAAAGACUACAAAAUAUUCGGAUCGAAAACUUCAAAGUAAAUCUGGAGAAGAAGCUGCAACUAGCAUCGCAUCUCAUGCAAGACAACGUGAAGACAUAAAUACUACAAAAUAUUCAGAUCGAAAACUUCAAAGUAAAUCUGGAACUUUCUCAAAAGAGGAAAUGGAAGAAGAAGCUGGUCCAAGUUCCGGAGGAAGAUCAAUUCCACAAAGACAUUCCCCCUGUGAUCCAGAGUGCCCUCUUAAAAGAUAUAAAGAAUUAAUUAAACGUCGUACCGAAGAGAAACAACGUAAACUCGAUCGUUACUUGAUCAGAAAGGGAUUCAAUUAUUUUGAUAAUCUUUGCACCUGCUCGGUAAUAUGUCUGUUCAAUCAAUUGAGCAGAGAUCCGUUCGUAAGAUCAUUGAUACAGUCAGCAUUGUUAUUUACCGUCGGUCUUAAACUCUGCAGCGAACUUUAUGCUUGGGAGAUACCCAGCCGUGCAACGUUCUAUUAA